CUGGUUUAGGUGAUGAUAUACUUGUUUAGCUGGUGAUAUAUUGGUUUAGCUGGUGACAUAAUGGUUUAGCCGAUGACAUCCUAGUUUUGCCGGUGACAUCCUAGUUUUGCUGGUGACACAACUGGUGACAUCCUGGUUUAGCUGGUGAUACAGCUGGUGACAUCCUGGUUUAGCUGGUGACACAACUGGUGACAUCCUGGUUUUGCAUGUGACAUCCUAGUUUUGCUGGUGACACAACUGGUGACAUCCUGGUUUUGCAUGUGACAUCCUGGUUUAGCUGGCGACCUACAGUUUUAGCUGGGUGUCGUGUGAUGCUCCGACGAUGGUGUUGUUGACGAUGCAGCUGGUGUUUGGCACGGCUGUAGCUGUUGUCGUGUGUGUCCUUGUCUGGUGGUUCAGGUAUAUUAAAUCACAUUACACCGUAUUUACAAAAUUGGGAAUCCCCGGACCAAAACCAACGUUUCUCUUCGGCAAUGCCUUGGCCUUUGCUAACAAGUUUCCUAUGGACGUAUUUAAGGACUGGACAAAGGAAUACGGCCAUGUUUAUGGAUUUUAUGAGGGUUUGAGGCCAAGUGUAGUUGUCUCUUGCCCAGAUAUGGCUCAUAAAAUUUUGGUCAAGCAUUUUAACCAGUUCUCUGUUAGGCCGGUCAUUAACCCCUUCAAGCACGAACACCAGGAGCUGAGUCUACAGAACGUGAGUGGUCAGCUCUGGAAACGUCAGCGUCAGGCGGUCAGUGCCGGGCUAACGGCCAGGUGUGCUCGGCAGAUGUACCCAACAAUUAAUCACGUGACCAAUCAGCUGAUGACCUGGUUUGAAGGUGCCAUUGAAAGGUCACCGAACGGUUUCUACAUAGACGACAUUAUGGAGAGGUACUCACUUGAUUGGUUCGCGCAGGCUUCCCUUGGUUACCAUAGCGACGCCAUGACCAAUGAAAACAAUGUGUUGCUGCGCUACAUGAGAGCGUCCCACCAAUCCAUGUCCCCUGACAACGCGAUUGGCGGCUUGGCAAAGUUAUUUCCCAUCUUGUCCACUUGGCUAAAACCUUUUGACAAACACCACAGGGAGAUGUCUCGUCUGCAGACCCGUGACGUCACGAGGUUUAUUAGGUCAAUUCAGGAAAAUAUCUCCGAUUUCAAAACCAGCUCCUGUGACAACAUCAUCCAUAGUCUGCUGACCAAAAGAGUGGCGUCUGCUAACUCGAACAACGACCUUGACCCACCGAGAGAAACGAAGAACAAAUCAGUUCUCCAGGAGACGGAGAUUGUGGGCGAGGUCUCCGGACUGCUGGGGGGAGGGGUGGGGCCCAUUGCUGCGGCCUUGACCUUAUGUAUCUACAACCUGGCCGUCUACGAGGAGGAGCAGAUGAGGCUGAGGGAGGAGGUGGAGGCGGUGACGUCAUCCAAGAACGAGGUGACGAUGGAUGAGUUGUGUCAGCUGACUGUCAUGGACCGAUACAUCAACGAAACACUUCGUCUCUACCCCGUGGCCCCAGGCGUAAGCCGUGAGUGUGUCGAAGACUGCACCAUCAACAACGUGACCUUCACCAAGGGCAUGGUCGUGAGGGUCAUGAUGUCCACUAUCAAUUCCAGGGAGGACAUUUUUCCAGAACCGUCCAGGUUUAAUCCAGACAGAUUUAUCAUCUCCGAAGAUGACGAGGGCGCUACAGACACGUCACUUCCUCAAGCAUGGAUGCCGUUUGGUCUAGGUCCCCGGAUGUGUGUUGGCCAAAGACUGGCCUUGCUGGUUCUAAAGUUGGCCCUGGCCCGGCUGUUGCAGGAGUUCACUAUCACUGUGAGCCAUAAAACACAGAUACCACUGAAAGUUGUACUCCGACCUUUUAUUGUUGCACGGAAUGGUGUUCACAUCAAGGCUGUCCGCAGAGUGACCACAUCAAGGGUGUCAGCAGAGUGACCACACUGUCCGCAGAGUGACCACAUCAAGGGUGUCCGCAGAGUGACCACAUCAAGGGUGUCCGCAGAGUGACCACACUGUCCGCAGAGUGACCACAUCAAGGGUGUCCGCAGAGUGACCACACUGUUCGCAGAGUGACCACACUGUCCGCAGAGUGUUCACAUCAAGGGUGUCCACAUGAAGUGUGUCCACAGAGUGACCACAUCAAGGGUGUCCGCAGAGUGACCACA